AAAUUAAUCCUAACUAUUCAAGAUGGCGGCCAAAAGUAAGCAGGGAGCUGAGCAAAUCGUAGCCGGUUUUCAGGAACUUCGGCAGCAACAAAGGGCGUUCGCGACCAAAAUAUCAGAACUAGAGAUGGAUAUGAAGGAACACGAGUUGGUGAUUGAGACGCUGAAGGAGGUGGAGGACGAUAGAAAAUGUUUCCGAAUGGUAGGCGGAGUCUUGGUGGAGAGGACUGUCAAGGACGUACUACCCGCCCUCGUCACCAACAGAGAACAGAUGGGCAAGAUUACUGAAACAUUGACAGUAAAGCUUGAAGAAAAAGGAACAGAAAUCAAUAAAUACAGAGAACAACACAAUCUUAAGAUAAAAGGAGAGGAGUCCAAAGAGCCUGAGAAACAAGAUCAGGAGGUGAAAUCUGGAGGAGUUCUGGUGGCAAAAGAUUCCUAAAUGUGUAUGUGUGUGACAAUGUGUACUUUUAUCAGGUGGCUUCAUCUGUAAUGGACUACAGGACACUUUGACCUGGCCAAGUGAUUGGAAUGUCCAAAGCAGGUUUCAAGUGGAUUUACAAUGAUAUUGUAGAUCGCGAGAUUUCUUUAAGCAUUUAUUUUGAUGAUCAAAUAAUGAGGACAAAGAAGUUCUUGAAAAACAUUUUUGUGAGUUUGGCAUGAAUAUUUUUUCAAUUUAUUCGAGAAUUUUUUUAUGAGUAUGAAAACUUCUCAUCAUUACUUAACUGUUGAAUAUUUGGUAAUAGUGAAUUAAAAUUGUCACAACAAGCCAAAGAACAAAACCAAAAAAAAAAUGUAAUUAAAAAUCUUAAGGUUUGUGACAACAUUUUCUGGAAAUUGGAGAAGGAAAUUUAUUAAGAAUAGCUUUUAUAUAUAAUUAGCAUGUUGGAAUCCUUGUUUAAGGCCUAUUUAGAUUUAUACUGAAAUAAGUUUUGUCAAGCUUUCAGCAAGUAUGCUAAAGAAUUUUCUUUUUUUUAACAAAACUCUAGAUAAUAUGGAUCUUUCCUGCUAUUUGUCAAUCAUCAGGACUCCCCAGCAUAAAUAUAUAUACAGGACUUGAAAAACAUGACACAGUGGUAAACUUUAUUAAUUAUAGAUAUUAAAUCACUGGUUGUAUAAUACAAAGCUUUGUUAGUUUCUGGAGAAUUGAAUUCAAAAUUAUUUAAUAAUAGCAAGAUUAUCAAAACUGAAAUCAGAAAAUGCUUGGUGUAGUAUUUUAAAGUCUUCAUCAUUAAUACUUUUUGAAAAUAUGUUAAAAAUACUUAUAAUUACAUUUCCAAAAAAUCAGCCGAAAAAAAAUUGAAAUUUGUUUAUAAUAUAAGAACCUUAAUGAUAUAUACAUUGGUAACGGUAUCACAUUGUACGUUACUGAGGUUUUUGUUCUCAUCAGUUUGGGAUAUAUCCCAUAUAUGGGUAUUUUUUCUCAUUUUGGGAAGAAAAUUGUGCAGAAUUGAAAAGAAAAUUUGCAGUGAAAAUUGAAAAGUUUGGUAAUUUGGCUAGAAUAUAAAAUAAUAGAUUUUGGGAAUGGGGCCCAUUACCAACCCAAAAAAAGCCCUUGAAGAAGUCCUGUAUGUACCGGUAUCCUAUUCAAUUUAGUAAUAUUGUAGAGUAGAUCGAUAUCUUUCUACUCGAAUAUCUACAUACAAUUUCUCAAUCUGACAUUGUGUUCAUACAUUACUGAUGUGUUUUUUUUAGCGAGAUGAGAUGUUAUAUAAAAAGUGCUAUGUCAUCAUUAAAUUAUGAUUUGCAAUAUAACAUUCAUAAAAGUUUCAUCAGGAAGACAGUCACUUGUACUAGAAUGAAGUUGAAUGCUAUUGAAAGGGUGUUUGAGUAUCCAGGAGAUGUAUUUCUGAAUAAAGGAGAAUGCAUGCGACACUUCAUAAUUCAGUUUAACAUACUGUAAAAUCAUUAUGUUUGGAGGAUGUCUAAUUAUGUUCAUUUAAUUCGUGGGUGUACUUGAUGCUUGAAUUGAUCAAAUGUCAACAAAUUACUAAAAUAUUCAAGAACAUACAUGAAUAUAUUCUUUUUCCAAGGAUUCAUGUCCCCACUUUAUAGCACUUUUAGAAAAAACACACAAAAUUUUAACCCCACCAAAAUGUAUGAUUUUACAGUAUACAGAACUUUCUGAUACUAGUUACUUGCUCAAAUACUGUGUCAUUUCUUUUCAACUAAAUUGAACAGAACUUUACAAAGGGGCAAAUCCGAGAGAAAAUGCAUUUGAUUAUUAAAGUCCAGUACAAAUAUUAAUGUUUACAAAGUAUUGUACCAUUAUAAGAUGCUUGCUGAGAAAUGUUUUUUACUUAAAGCUCACCUACCAGUAAGUUUCCUCUUUUGAAAUCCAAAUUGCUACACCGUGGUUCAUUCCAUAUUGAAAUAAGUACAUACUAGAUAAGAAAUGAUGAACACUUGAUUCACCUUGUUAAACAUACAGAGUUUAUGUUUUCACAACAUGCUUCUCCCCACCAUUUUAGAUUGUCUUUUGUUACGAUAACAGUUGUAAUAUCGCAUAUGAAGUGUAAAAUUUUGAUGCCGGGGUAUAUGCUAGUGUGUGCAAACGUUUGCUUCAGUCGAGUGUAUUUGAGAGUUGAUGAGUGAGAGAGUGAAAUUUUUAUUCCCUUUUCAUGACAAGUUAUUUAAGAAAGAUUUGUACAAUUGUUCAUUUCUUGGUCCAAGUGAGGAUCUGAAGAGAAUAGUUGUAUACACUUGUGUAAGAGAAACUUGACUGAAUAAACCCUUAACUUGCUACAAGUA